AUGACGGACAGCAACCCCUACCGUGCCAUCCGGGCAAAGUUUACUGAAAACACCAUUACCAUUUACCAAGCAUACUCGAACGAGAUAGCAGACGCUGCACUGGGAGCAGGGACCUUUGUUGCCCCCUUUAAACGUGGUCGAAUGACCUGGAUCAAGCCCUCAUUUCUAUGGGUUGCAUAUCGAAGCGGAUGGGCCACAAAGCCUAACCAAGAGCGGGUUCUAGCAAUCGAGAUCACUCGCUCUGGCUUCGAAUGGGCACUGCGCAAUGCUUGCUUGAGCCAUGUCGAUAACUCGCUCUAUAAAGACAAGUCAGCUUGGGAAUCGCGCAUGCAAGCCUCCUGUGUCCGGGUCCAAUGGGACCCCGAACGAGAUUUCCACUUCAACCCUCUUGGCUAUCGGUCAAUACAAAUUGGGUUAAAGGGAGACGCUGUUGAUCGAUACGUGGAUGAAUGGAUCGUAUCGAUCACGGAUAUCACGGAGCAGAUACGCAAGGUGUCGGGCUUGGUUUCAUCUGGCCAACUGGGUGAAGCCAAAAAGCAAAUGCCAGAGGAGUGUCUAUAUGACCUCCCUGAUGAUGUUGGAGAGAUGAUAGGAGCUUCAACUGCGGUCAAAGAACCAGCGUCACACCAGAUGUGA